AUGAGUGAACAAAGUAAAAAUGAUAUUAAUGACUAUUAUGAUUUUCCACUUCAAAAAUUAGUUAUAGCAUUUGAAUAUUUUAUUAUUGCAAUUUUAUGUAUAAUACAAAGUAUUAGAAUAGUCAAAAACCACCAUAGAUUUUGUGGGUUUCAAAAUUUAAUUAUUUUAUUUGCAUUAUCAUGGUGUGUCUUUAGAGUUGUUGAUUUAAUGAUUGCAUUCUUUUUAUUCCUCUUUUCUGAUUUUGAAAAAGAGAAUUCAAUAGAAAUGUCAAUUCAAUGGAUGAUAUCAGAUGUACCAAGUUUUGUAAUGGUUGCAAUUUUAUCUUUUGUAACAUAUUAUUAUGCUUCAUUAAUUCAUCACUACAAAUGGAGUAAUUGGAAAAUAAAUAUUAUUGUUAUAAUUCUUUUAUUAAAUUUCUUUCAUAUUCUUUCUUUAUCAAUAAUUGAUAUUAUGUUAGUAUUUGAACAAACAAAAUAUUUAAUUAUUUCUACGUUUGCAUUUAGUGGUAUUACAUAUUUUAUUUUAUUAGUUGGUUUAUAUUAUGUUUCAGUUAGAAUCUUUUUUAUUAAUUCUCAUGAUCUUGAACAAUCUCAUCCAAGUCCAAUUCAAAUGGGAAUUGCUGGUAUUAUUAUUUGUUUAACUAUUUCUACUCGUUUUAUUUAUGAUUUAAUUAGUUCUAUUGAAGGAAGGUCACUUCUUUCUUUAUUAUGUUCUGCAGAAACUCCAUCAUCUAUUUGUGAAAAUAAUUUCGUUGUUGUAACUUUAUUUGCUCAAUUAAUGGAAUGUGUAUUAAUGACUUUGUGGGAAAUAAUUCCAUUAACUUGUCUUAUUGUAUUGUUUUGGAAUAUUCCAAAGAGUAAAUCGUAUGAUCCAUUCCCUCAUUUUCAGAAUAUUCAAGAUGAUGACUCUUCUGAAAGUUCUUUACUUACUCAAAAUAAUGAAACAUUUCCAUUUAUUCAUCCAAAUAAAUAA